GAAGAAGAAGAACAGAAGUAGAAGAAGAAGAGGAAAGAGCAGCAAAAGAAGAAGAAAAAAAAGUAAAAGAAAUAACAUCAGUAGCAGAAGCCUCCCUGCCAUGGGGUCUAACGGGGCUGUGGUGUCUCCUGUCAGGGACAGAACCCCUCUGUCCCAGACCCAGCUGGACUUCCCUGGACAGCCGUACUCUGUGUGCGUCCUGAAGGUUGGGUACUGUCAGUCUGAGUCCAACGGGACUUUUAAAGCAGACGGUACCAUCACCCUCAUAACGGGACCUAAGACUAUUCUGGUGGACACCGGCGGGCCGUGGGACCGCGACUUUCUGCAAAUGAAACUGCAGGAGAAGGGCCUGGUGCCGGGGGACAUUGAUGUGGUCGUGGGUACUCAUGGACAUUCAGACCACAUAGGGAACCUGAGUCUGUUCCCUGGAGCUGUGAUGAUAGUGGGCUUUGAUAUGAAUGAAGGGGACACCUACUGUCCCAAUGGCCUGGCAGAGGGACAGCCUUAUUCUGUAGAUGAACAUGUGUGUGUGCUCCCCACUCCAGGCCACACAGGACAGGAUGUCAGCGUCCAGGUCAAAGGAACCUCGGUGGGAACGGUGCUUGUUGCAGGGGACUUAUUUGAGUGCUGCUCAGAUGAGGACAGCUGGCAGAAUCUGAGUCUGAACCCCGCUGUGCAGAAAGUCAGUCGCAGGCAGGCGUUAGAGACGGCUGAUGUCAUCAUCCCAGGACAUGGACUUCCCUUUAGGGUCAUCAGAGACUGUUGAACACACUCUGAAAAUGAGUCACUUUUAUGCUCAUGAAUGUAAUAGUUUAACAGACACUGAUGUCAUGAGUAAAUUCCCUCUCCAGAAAGAUGA